AUGGUCAAUAAAUUGCUCUUCACCCGGGUUCUCAACAGACCAUUCUGGUUCCUGGAUGGGAAACUGGAUGGGAAUGAUGAGACUGGGGAUCCGUCGUUCGCUGAUCGACUCCGUUAUCUGUUCCGAAGAUACCACGAAAGGCGGUUGUCAUUCUUGGUCUUUCUAGCAAGCCCUGUGAAUGCGGUCUGGUGGAGGAUGGUCACCCUCGCCCUGGCCAACCUGAAGAAAGACUUAGCGCCCCGGGACCCUCGUGACAACCCUCCUUACAUUCUCGGAGAUGAGAAUCGCAAGCGACAGGCGGAUAUAGCAGAGAGCCUGGCGGACCAUCUUCUAGCAGACAGCCUGUUUCAGCUAUUUCUCGAUAAGUUGGCCAUUGCGGAAGAAGAGACGAGGCGUUGUCAUCUGAUCAAGGUUUUCCGGGAGAAGCUUAUGUUCUCGGCUCUAGUCCAUGACAGGGAGCGGAACAAUACUCCGCCGUUGAUCCCCAAGCCUCACAGCCGGGUGGUUCUUGUCCUACGACCUGGGGUGUGCCGCUACGAUCUUCCCAAUAAAGUCGUGCCGUUUGAUCGUCACAGAAGUUGGGCCGAAACGGCGACUGAUAUUGAGUCCGAACUGCUUUGCAAAACUGAGGUUAUCGUGGAAGCAGUCGAGGCCACCAACCCAUCUGACGCGAGUCAGCGCGACCCCGCGGAUGCAGAUGUCUUCCAUUACUGGUUCUAA